AUGCCUUCCGAGAACACUCAGUCCGUCAAGGUUCUUGACGAGCUCUUCCAGAAGCUCACAGUCUCCAAAGAUGCCGCUGAUAUCAAGCAGUCGUCGGCCAACCUUGCUAGCUUCGUCAACGGCCCUAUCGAGGACCAGGCUGUUCCUACCACUCUGAUCGACAACCUCAAGAAGCAGCUCACCAGCAAGAAGGAUGCUGCUGCCCGUGAGAAGGCCGCUGUUGCCAUUGAGCAGAUUGCGUCGCACUCUGACGUCUCUGCCCACAUCGAGCCUUACCUCGCUGGUCUCCUCCCCGAGCUCCUGGCUGCUGCCGGUGACAAGACCCCUGCCGUCAAGACGGCUGCCCAGGCUGCCACCCUUGCCAUUGCUGGCGCCAUGAACGGCAACGCCUGCAAGAUCGCCCUGGUCCACAUCAUGGAGUCGAUCCGCCACGCCCAGAAGUGGCCCGAAAAGAUUCUUGCCCUCGACUUCAUCGAGGCUCUCCUCAAGUCGGCCCCUGCCCAGCUUGGCUUCCGUGUUCCCGAGCUCAUCCCCGUCGUCUCCGAGGCCAUGUGGGACACCAAGAAGGAGGUCAAGGACCGUGCGUACCACACCAUGGAGCAGAUCUGCCAGCUUAUCGUCAACAGGGAUAUCGAGCGCUUUAUCCCCGAGCUCAUCAAGUGUAUUGCCAAGCCCGAGAACGUCCCCGAGACUGUCCACCUGCUCGGCGCCACCACCUUCGUCACCGAGGUCCAGGAGCCCACCCUGGCCCUGAUGGUCCCCCUUCUGGACCGUGGUCUUGCCGAGCGUGAGACGGCCAUCAAGCGUAAGGCUGCCGUUAUUGUCGACAACAUGUGCAAGCUCGUCGACGACCCCAACAUUGUCGCUCCCUUCCUGCCCAAGAUGAUGCCCGGUCUCCAGAAGAACUACGACAACCUUGCCGACCCCGAGGCCCGUGAGAAGACCAAGCAGGCCCUCGACACCCUGACCCGUGUCGGUAACAUCAAGGACGGUGUCAUCCCCGAGGCCCGCAACGAUGGCGACAUCAAGGUCGUCCUCCCCAAGUUCAAGGAGGUUGCCAGCAAGUACGCCAACUACGUUGAGAAGAUGGAGCCCGUUGCCGAGUACAUUGCUGCCAUUGCUGGUCAGCUCGUCGACGAGAAGGAGGUUGAGAACGCCGUCUGGGUUGAGAACCUCAAGCCUUUCGUCUCUGUCAUCACCGGCAUCGACAACGCCGAGGCCAUCAUCGAUGCCCUCCGCAGGAAGGCCACCCCCGGUGACCGUGCCGAGCAGGAGGCUGAGCCUGAUGAGGAGGAGGGUGAGGAUCUGUGCAACUGCACCUUCUCCCUCGCCUACGGCGCCAAGAUCCUGCUCAACCAGACCCACCUCCGCCUCAAGCGUGGCCAGCGCUACGGUCUUUGCGGUCCCAACGGUUCCGGAAAGUCUACCCUCAUGCGUGCCAUCAACAACGAGCAGGUCGAGGGUUUCCCCAAGCAGUCCGAGGUCAAGACCGUCUUCGUCGAGCACGACCUUGACUCUGCCGACACUGAGAUGACCACCAUUGACUGGACCCUGAAGAAGCUUGCCGAGGCUGGCGUCGACCAGACGAAGGAGUCGGUCGAGAAGCAGCUCAUCGAGUUCGGCUUCACCCCCGCCAUGAUCUCUGGCGAGAUCACCUCCCUUUCCGGUGGUUGGAAGAUGAAGCUGGCCCUGUGCCGUGCCGUCUUCGAGGCGCCCGACAUUCUGCUGCUGGACGAGCCCACCAACCAUCUCGAUGUCAAGAACGUCAAGUGGCUCGAGGACUACCUCAUCAACUCCCCCUGCACCUCGAUCAUCGUUUCCCACGACUCCGGCUUCCUCGACAACGUCUGCCAGCACAUCAUCCACUACGAGCGCUUCAAGCUCAAGCGCUACCGUGGCAACCUGGCCGAGUUCGUCAAGCGCGUGCCCUCGGCCAGGUCCUACUACGAACUCGGCGCCUCAGAGAUUGAGUUCACCUUCCCCGAGCCCGGCUUCCUUGAGGGUGUCAAGACCAAGGCCAAGGCCAUCCUGCGUGCCACCAACAUGUCGUUCCAGUACCCCGGAACCUCCAAGCCCCAGAUUGAGAACAUCACCUUCCAGUGCUCCCUGGGCUCGCGUAUCGCCGUCAUCGGCCCCAACGGCGCUGGAAAGUCUACGCUGAUCAACGUCCUCACCGGUGAGCUCAUCCCUACCCAGGGUGAGAUCUACCAGCACGAGAACAUCCGCAUUGCCUACAUCAAGCAGCACGCCUUUGCCCACAUUGAGAACCACCUCGACUGGACCCCCUCCGAGUACAUCCAGUGGCGUUUCCAGACCGGUGAGGACCGCGAGACCAUGGACCGUGCCAACAAGGUCAUCACCGAGGCCGACGAGAAGGCCAUGGACAAGGUCUUCAAGAUUGAGGGUACCCCCCGCCGCGUCAUCGGCAUCAACGGCCGCCGCAAGUUCAAGAACAGCUACGAGUACGAGUGUUCGUUCGCCCUGGGUGAGAACCUCGGCAUGAAGUCGGAGCGCUGGACGCCCAUGAUGUCGGCCGACAACGCCUGGCUGCCCCGCUCCGAGCUCAUCGCCUCUCACCAGAAGAUGGUUGCCGACGUCGACAUGAAGGAGGCCCUGGCCUCUGGUCAGUUCCGCCCUCUUGUCCGUAAGGAGAUUGAGCUGCACUGCGCCCAGUUCGGCCUCGAUGCCGAGCUCGUCUCCCACUCGCGCAUGCGCGGUCUCUCCGGUGGCCAGCGUGUCAAGACUGUCCUCGCCGCCUGCUCGUGGCAGCGCCCCCACCUGAUUGUCCUUGACGAGCCUACCAACUACCUUGACCGUGACUCCCUGGGUGCCCUCUCCAAGGCGCUCAAGAAGUUCGAGGGUGGUGUCAUCAUCAUCACUCACUCUGCCGAAUUCACCAAGAACAUCACCGAGGAGGUCUGGGCCGUCCUCGACGGCAAGAUGACUCCUUCCGGCCACAACUGGGUUGCCGGUCAGGGUGCCGGUCCCCGUCUCAAGCAGGACGACGGUGACGAGGAAGAGAAGUUCGAUGCCAUGGGCAACAAGAUUGUCUCGACCAAGAAGAAGGCUAAGCUGAGUUCUUCCGAAGCGCGUAAGAAGAAGAAGGAGCGUAUGGCCCGCCGCAAGCGUGGUGAGGAGGUCUUCAGCGACGAGGACGACAUAUAA